AUGCGUGGUGUCACGAUCCUGGUGCUCUACGCGGCCAGCCUGGUCUCGGGUAGUGUUCUGCCCAGAGACGCGGCUGGUAACGAUGCCAUUGUUGCCCGCGGUGGAGGUGGAGGCGGAGGCGGCGGUGAUGAGGGUGGAUGGGGAGGAGAUGGUGGCGAUGAUAAUGGCCAUGGUGGUCACGGCGGCCACGGCGGCCAUGGUGGCCAUACUUCUGCAGAGAGUACUCCUUGCGAAACUGAUACUCCUCCACCAACCACUACGCCCUGCGAGACUACUACUACGCCGCCGCCGCCAACCUCGACUCCUUGCGAGACUACUACUACGCCGCCGCCGCCAACUAGUACGCCUUGUGAAACCGAAACCACCACUACGCCGCCGCCGCCAACCUCGACUCCUUGCGAGACGACUACUUCGACGCCGCCACCAACUAGCACGCCCUGCGAAACCGAAACCACCACUACAAAGCCGCCGCCAACCUCGACUCCUUGCGAGACGACUACUACGACGCCGCCACCAACUAGCACGCCCUGUGAAACCGAAACCACCACUACAAAGCCGCCGCCAACCUCGACUCCUUGCGAGACGACUACUACAAAGCCGCCGCCAACUAGUACGCCUUGUGAAACCGAGACUACCACUACAAAGCCGCCGCCAACCUCGACUCCUUGCGAGACGACUACUACAAAGCCGCCGCCAACUAGUACGCCUUGUGAGACUGAGACUACCACUGCAAAGCCGCCGCCAACCUCGACUCCUUGCGAGACGACUACUACAAAGCCGCCGCCAACUAGUACGCCUUGUGAGACUGAGACUACCACUACAAAGCCGCCGCCAACCUCGACUCCUUGCGAAACUACUUCGACGCCGCCUCCAACUAGUACGCCUUGUGAAACCGAGACAACUACUACGAAGCCGCCGCCGACAAGCUCCACCACUAUCACCACCGUGUACACUACCACUACCUGUCCGAGUAUGUCCAAUCAUGCCCUUUAA